GUUGUGAAGAAGAGCUUGAAGCCUGGCAUCAUGGCCCCCGCAUUGCUCUGUGGCAGCAAUGGCUAGUAUUCGCCCUUACAAGUUCAUUGUAGGCUCAGCCACGUCGGGAUUUGGCUUUGUCAGCUUCGGCUUCGACAGUAACAUGUGUCGGGAUCUAGCUCACUAUAGGCUCGGACAACGGUUGACGAUGCCUCUGGCUUGAAGAUCUCACCCACUGUUGUCUCUGCUUCAUCGGCUUUGUCACCGCUCUUUAUGUGUUUGGCAAGCUCUAUCGCUCCAAAUCUGGAGAGCAUGAUUCAUGUCCCGAACGCCAUUCCUUUUUCGGAUCCCUUUUUUAGUCAUGUUUCAAUUUUAGCUCUGUAAAUGAUGGUAGGAUUGUAGUAUCUAAUGCUUUUCUUGUGGAUUUUUCUUGUGGAUUUGUUACUUCUUGUAUGUUUUUUUCUUUUCAAAAUGGAUGGAUGAGUUUCUUUGCCUUUUAAUAUCGCCUUUUUCUUUCUUCCACUGUUUCUUUAGCAUUGAAAUGCUGGACAUGUCAAUUUAGUUUCUACUAAGGAUUUUCAAACAAUUAUUCAGAUUGUUGAUCUUCUUUUUGUGCAACAGUGGUUAAUAGUUAAUUGCUACAUGCCAAUUUUGUUCUUACUUCUAAUGGUUACGAUUUAGAUCCUUUAGCUUCUAUAUGGAUUAGCAUUUCUUUUUUUUUUGACAAAUUGUUUGCUUUAGUUUUAUUGUUUGGGUUAUUCGUGCUUGAAGGUUUUUUUUGGAUUAUCAUUUUGUAUAGAAAAUGAACACGACACGACUGA